GCGCUACUCAGGGUUGAAGCGAAUAUCUACGAAUACAAUUUAAGCGUGUCUCUCACCAGCCCCCGUCUCGACCUAAAGUAAGUUAAACCAAGCCCCAAGAUGCCGAAGCCAGUCGUUCAGGUCGGAGGUGAUCCCGAUCCCUCCGAAUGGCUGUACAUUUCGGAGGAGAUGAAGCGUAUCGAUCAGAGCAAGCCUUACGACGCGAAGAAAGCCUGCUGGGUUCCAGAUGAAACGGAAGGUUACGUGCAGGGUGAAAUCAAGGCCACCAAGGGUGAAUUGGUCACCGUUUCCUUGCCCAAUGGAGAGACUAAGGACUUCAAGAAGGAUCUGGUUGGUCAGGUCAAUCCACCAAAGUACGAAAAAUGCGAGGAUAUGUCCAACUUGACAUAUCUUAACGAUGCCUCUGUCUUGCAUAACUUGAGAGAGCGAUACAGGGCCAGGCUCAUCUAUACCUACUCCGGCUUGUUCUGUAUUGUCAUCAACCCUUACAAACGUUGGCCGCUGUACACCAUGCGAGUUGCCAAGAUGUACCGUGGCAAGCGUCGUAAUGAAAUUCCACCACAUCUGUUCGCCAUCUCUGACGGUGCUUACGUCAACAUGUUAACUAACAAGGAUAACCAGUCUAUGCUGAUUACCGGUGAAUCUGGUGCCGGAAAGACUGAGAACACUAAGAAAGUCAUUGCGUACUUUGCCACCAUUGGUGCCUCGAGCAAGAAGGAAGUCGAAAACAAACCCUCCCUGGAAGAUCAAGUCGUCCAGACCAAUCCCGUACUCGAAGCCUAUGGUAACGCCAAGACCGUCCGUAACGAUAACUCUUCCCGUUUCGGUAAAUUCAUCCGUAUUCACUUUACCGCAUCCGGUAAGCUGGGUGGUGCUGAUAUUGAGACCUAUCUGCUGGAGAAAGCUCGUGUCAUUUCCCAGCAGACCUUGGAGCGCUCGUACCACAUCUUCUACCAGAUGAUGUCCGGCUCUGUCAAGGGGCUGAAAGAAAUGUGCUUCCUGUCCAACGAUAUCUACGACUACUUCAAUGUCUCCCAGGGAAAAGUCACCAUUCCCAACGUCGAUGACGGUGAAGAAUGUAGGCUGACUGAUGAAGCUUUCGAUAUCUUGGGCUUCACCCAGGAUGAGAAGGACAACAUCUACCGAAUUACGUCCUCUGUCAUGCAUAUGGGUGGCAUGAAGUUCAAGCAGAAGGGUCGCGAAGAGCAAGCCGAGGCCGACGGAACGGAGGAAGGUGACCGUGUCGCCAAGCUGUUGGGUUGCGUCACUGAGGAUCUGUACAAGAACUUGCUGAAGCCACGUAUCAAGGUCGGCGCCGAGUUCGUCACCAAGGGUCAGAACAAGGACCAGGUCACCAAUGCCGUCGGUGCCCUCUGCAAGGGUAUCUUCGAUCGUCUCUUCAAGUGGCUGGUUAAAAAGUGUAACGAAACGCUGGAUACCAAGCAGAAGCGUGCUCAGUUCAUCGGUGUGCUGGAUAUUGCUGGUUUCGAAAUUUUCGACUACAACGGUUUUGAGCAGCUCUGUAUUAACUUCACCAACGAGAAGCUGCAGCAGUUCUUCAACCAUCACAUGUUCGUCCUUGAGCAGGAAGAAUACAAAAAGGAGGGUAUCAACUGGGCCUUCAUCGAUUUCGGUAUGGAUCUGCUAGCCUGUGUAGAACUGAUUGAAAAGCCCAUGGGAAUCCUGUCGAUUCUGGAGGAAGAAUCUAUGUUCCCCAAGGCAACCGAUCAAACAUUUGCUGAGAAGCUGAUGACAAAUCACUUGGGUAAGUCUGCCCCAUUCAUGAAGCCAAGACCCACGAAACCAGGUAUCCCAGCUGGUCAUUUUGCCAUCGGUCACUACGCUGGUGUCGUCACGUACAAUAUCACUGGUUGGCUGGAGAAGAACAAGGAUCCUCUGAACGACACCGUCGUCGAUCAGUUCAAGAAGGGCACGAACGCGCUGGUGGUAGAGAUCUUUGCUGACCAUCCAGGACAGUCCGGCGAGCCAGCCGGCAAGGGUGGACGUGGCAAGAAGGGAGCUGGUUUCGCCACUGUCUCUUCAUCUUACAAGGAACAGUUGAACAACCUGAUGCACACUCUACAGUCGACUUCGCCUCACUUUGUCCGUUGUAUCAUUCCUAAUGAACUUAAGCAGACCGGUCUCAUCGAUGCCCACUUGGUCAUGCACCAACUGACCUGUAACGGUGUGCUUGAGGGUAUCCGUAUUUGCCGUAAAGGUUUCCCCAAUCGAAUGAUGUACCCUGACUUCAAGCAGCGCUAUCUCAUCUUAGCACCAGCUGCCAUGGAGGCCGAAGCGGAACCAAAGAAGGCCGCCGAGAAGUGUUUCGAAGCUAUUCAGCUGGAUCCUGACUCCUACCGUAUUGGUCACACCAAGGUCUUCUUCCGUGCCGGUGUCCUGGGUACGAUGGAGGAUUUCCGUGACCAGCGUCUGUCCAAGAUCAUGUCCUGGUUGCAGUCUUGGUGCCGUGGCUACUUGGUCCGCAAGGAGUUCACCAAGAUGCAGGAGCAGCGCAAGGCCCUGGAAAUUGUUCAGCGCAAUCUGCGUAAGUACCUGAAGCUCCGUACCUGGGCCUGGUGGAAGCUGUGGCAGAAGGUCAAGCCGCUGCUUAACGUUUCCCGUGUUGAGGACCAGAUCGCUAAACUGGAAGAGAAGGCCACGAAGGCUACGGAAGCCUUGGAGCGGGAAGAGAAGAUGCGCAAGGAACUGGAAUCCAUGAACAGUAAGCUGUUGGCCGAAAAGACCGCCCUGUUGGAUUCGUUGUCCGGCGAGAAGGGAGCUCUCCAAGAAUACCAGGAGAAAGCUGCCAAGUUGACUGCCCAGAAGAACGAUCUCGAAAACCAACUACGUGACACUCAGGAACGCUUGGCUCAGGAGGAAGAUGCCCGUAAUCAACUGUUCCAGACCAAGAAGAAGUUAGAACAAGAGAUUUCCGGACAGAAGAAGGAUGCUGAGGAUCUGGAACUGCAGAUUCAGAAGAUCGAACAGGACAAGGCGUCCAAGGAUCACCAGAUCCGCAACUUGAACGAUGAGAUUGCCCACCAGGAUGAACUGAUCAACAAGUUGAACAAGGAAAAGAAGAUGCAGGGUGAAGUCAACCAGAAGACAGCCGAAGAAUUGCAGGCAGCCGAGGAUAAGGUGAACCAUCUGAACAAGGUUAAGGCCAAGCUCGAGCAAACUCUUGAUGAACUGGAGGACUCUCUGGAACGCGAGAAGAAGCUGCGCGGUGAUGUUGAUAAGGCCAAGCGCAAGGUCGAGGGUGACCUGAAGCUGACUCAGGAAGCCGUCUCCGACCUGGAGCGUUGCAAGAAGGAACUGGAGCAGACCAUCAUGCGAAAGGAUAAGGAAAUCUCUGCAAUGUCCGCCAAGCUGGAGGAUGAACAGAACCUGGUCGGCAAGCUGCAGAAGCAGAUCAAGGAACUGCAAGGUCGCAUUGAGGAAUUGGAGGAGGAAGUCGAAGCCGAACGUCAAGCUCGUGCCAAGGCUGAGAAGCAGCGCGCCGAUUUGGCUCGUGAACUCGAGGAGCUGGGAGAACGCCUAGAAGAAGCCGGUGGUGCCACCUCUGCUCAGAUUGAACUGAACAAGAAGCGUGAAGCUGAACUUGCUAAACUGCGCCGAGAUUUGGAGGAAGCCAACAUACAGCAUGAAGGCACGCUGGCUAACCUGCGCAAGAAACACAAUGAUGCCGUUGCUGAAAUGGCAGAACAGGUUGAUCAGCUCAACAAACUCAAAACAAAGGCUGAACACGAUCGAGCAAACAUGUACAAUGAACUGAACAACACUCGCUCGGCCUGUGAUCAACUAUCCCGCGAUAAGGCCGCCCAAGAGAAGAUUGCCAAGCAGCUGCAGCAUACGCUGAACGAAGUGCAAGGCAAGCUGGACGAAACCAACCGCACUCUGAACGACUUUGAUGCCGCCAAGAAGAAGCUGUCCAUUGAGAACUCUGACCUGUUGCGUCAGCUGGAGGAUGCCGAGUCCCAAGUUUCGCAGCUAAGCAAAAUUAAGAUCUCACUCUCUCAGCAACUGGAGGAUACCAAACGUCUCGCCGACGAGGAAGCUCGAGAACGAGCAACCCUUCUCGGCAAGUUCCGCAACCUGGAACACGAUCUUGACAACCUGCGCGAGCAAGUUGAGGAGGAAGCCGAAGGCAAGGGAGACAUCCAGCGCCAGCUAAGCAAGGCCAACGCUGAAGCUCAACUGUGGCGCAGCAAGUACGAAUCCGAGGGUGUUGCCCGUGCUGAAGAACUUGAAGAAGCCAAGAGGAAGCUCCAGGCACGUCUUGCCGAAGCCGAAGAAACCAUCGAGUCGCUCAACCAGAAAUGUAUUGCUCUGGAGAAGACCAAGCAGCGAUUGGCUACCGAAGUCGAGGAUCUGCAGCUGGAGGUUGAUCGUGCUACCUCCAUUGCCAACGCUGCCGAGAAGAAGCAGAAGGCCUUUGACAAGAUCAUUGGAGAAUGGAAGCUCAAGGUCGACGAUCUGGCUGCCGAACUGGAUGCCUCGCAGAAGGAAUGCCGUAACUACUCCACCGAACUAUUCCGACUCAAGGGUGCCUACGAAGAAGGUCAGGAACAGCUUGAAGCAGUCCGUCGUGAGAACAAGAAUUUGGCUGAUGAAGUCAAAGAUCUGUUGGACCAGAUCGGCGAAGGUGGUCGCAACAUUCACGAAAUCGAAAAGUCUCGUAAGCGUCUGGAGGCUGAAAAGGAUGAACUGCAAGCCGCACUUGAGGAAGCUGAAGCUGCUCUGGAACAGGAGGAGAACAAAGUGCUGCGUGCUCAGCUGGAGUUGUCUCAGGUCCGACAGGAAAUUGACCGUCGCAUCCAGGAGAAGGAAGAGGAAUUCGAAAACACUCGCAAGAAUCACCAACGUGCAUUGGACUCAAUGCAAGCCUCUCUGGAAGCCGAAGCCAAGGGUAAGGCUGAGGCCCUGCGCAUGAAGAAGAAGUUGGAAGCGGACAUUAACGAGCUUGAGAUUGCCCUGGAUCAUGCUAACAAGGCAAACGCCGAAGCGCAGAAGAACAUCAAGCGCUACCAGCAACAGCUGAAGGAUUGUCAAACCGCACUGGAGGAGGAACAACGUGCACGUGAUGAUGCCCGAGAGCAGCUUGGAAUUUCUGAACGCCGUGCCAACGCUCUGCAGAACGAACUGGAGGAAUCGCGCACCCUGCUGGAACAGGCUGACCGUGGCCGUCGCCAGGCUGAACAGGAGCUGAGCGACGCUCAUGAACAGCUCAAUGAAGUUUCCGCACAGAACGCCUCCAUUGCCGCAGCGAAGAGGAAGCUCGAGUCUGAACUGCAGACCCUGCACUCCGAUCUGGACGAGUUGCUGAACGAAGCGAAAAAUUCCGAAGAAAAAGCCAAGAAGGCAAUGGUUGAUGCAGCCCGUCUAGCUGAUGAACUCCGUGCCGAACAGGACCAUGCACAAACCCAAGAGAAGCUGCGCAAGGCGCUGGAGCAGCAAAUCAAGGAACUCCAGGUCCGCAUAGAUGAAGCCGAAACCAACGCCCUGAAGGGAGGCAAGAAAGCCAUCCAGAAACUGGAACAGCGAGUCCGCGAAUUGGAAUCUGAACUGGAUAACGAACAGAGAAGACACGCCGAUGCCCAGAAGAACCUGCGUAAAUCCGAACGUCGCAUUAAGGAACUGACCUUCCAGUCCGAGGAGGACCGCAAGAAUCACGAACGCAUGCAGGACCUCGUCGACAAGCUGCAGCAGAAGAUCAAGACUUACAAGAGGCAGAUUGAGGAAGCCGAAGAAAUUGCCGCUCUGAAUCUGGCCAAAUUCCGCAAGGCGCAGCAGGAACUGGAAGAAGCCGAGGAGCGUGCUGACCUUGCCGAGCAAGCUGCCACGAAAUUCCGCACCAAGGGAGGACGUGGUGGUUCAGCGCAGCGUGGUGCCAGCCCGGCAUUGAGUACAUUGUAAACAUUUCGUUUUCCGCUUAAAUUCGACUCUACACUCUCAUCUGCAUCUUCACCAAACGGAAGCCAAUGCUGAUCGGACUAUUGUGAGAAAUUUGUCAGAAAGUCUCCUUUUUUUUAUUUCAACGAACCAUUUUCAUACUGUCAGGAAAAUGAUACACAACAAACGAUGAAAGAAUGACUAUUUAUUAGAUUUAAUAUCCCUACUAUUACGGUUAUUUUUUUUAAAUAACAAUUGCAAGAAAAUACAUUGGAUACGUGCAAAA